GGGUCUACAAUACAAAGACAGAUCUCCACCUCCCCCAAAAUCAGCAGCUUCAGUCCCCCUGAAGCUGCAUCCAUUCAUCACCUACAUACUUCUUUCUCACUAUGUAUUUACUCAUCCAGAUGUCCGCCAUUAUUGCAAGCUUCCCAGUUCCCUCCACAAUGCUUACCUUUUACCACAUGUUCUUGCUUUCCCUUUUCCUCUCUCUUCUUCUCUCUCCUCCCCUGUCCUUAGCCACUUCUAACAUUAUACUCCCUCAUCAACAUCCUGACCCUGAAGCUGUUGUUCAUGAUGUUCUUAGGAUGGUGAAUGUAUCUCUCAGUAGGAGACAAAUGCUGGAAACAACCCAAUCUUGCUCAAGUGGUAACCCAAUAGAUGACUGUUGGCGGUGUGACCCGCAUUGGGCAUCCAACCGCCAACGGUUAGCUGAUUGCAGCAUUGGGUUUGGCAAAGCUGCAAUGGGUGGUAAGGGGGGUCAGAUCUAUGUAGUCACUGACUCGUCCGAUUCUGACCCAGUUAACCCUAAACCAGGUACACUCCGCUAUGGUGUACUCCAAGAUGAGCCCCUGUGGAUUAUUUUUUCAGGGGAUAUGACAAUUAAGCUCAGAUAUGAGCUCAUUGUUAGUAGUUAUAAGACCAUUGAUGGCAGGGGAGCAAAUGUUCAUAUUACCGGUGGUGGUUGUAUCACAUUACAGUAUGUUUCAAAUGUGAUUAUCCACAAUAUUCAUAUCCAUAAUUGUUAUCCUGCGGGUAAUGCGCUUAUACGGUCCAGCCCCACCCAUGUAGGGUAUCGAUCGAGAUCAGAUGGUGACGGGAUGACCAUUUUUGGGUCGAGUAAUAUUUGGAUUGAUCAUUGCUCUUUAUCUUCUUGUACUGAUGGGUUAAUUGAUGCUACUGUGGGGUCUACUGCGAUUACAAUCUCUAAUAGUCAUUUUUCCCAUCAUAAUGAUGUAAUGCUGUUAGGAAACAGUGAUGGAGAUGUAUUGGAUGGUGGUAUGCAGGUGACAUUGGCAUUCAAUGUAUUUGAUGAGGGAGUAGUACAGAGAAUGCCUCGGUGCAGAAGAGGGUAUGUACAUGUGGUGAACAAUGAUUUUAGGUAUUGGGAGAUUUAUGUGAUAGGAGGAAGUGAUAACCCAACUAUCAACAGUCAGGGUAACCGUUACAUUGCUCCAGCCAACCCAUUCAUUAAAGAGGUGACAAGACGGGUGGAAACAGGUGAUAAAGAUUGGGCUCAUUGGAACUGGAGGACUGAAGGAGAUAUUAUGAUGAAUGGGGCCUUUUUCGUGCCUUCUGGGGAUGGCUUAAGUGCUCGGUAUGCCAAAGCCUCCAGUACAGAACCCAGAUCUGCAGCCUCCAUUGACCAGCUUACCAUGAAUGCUGGUGUUUUUGGUGAUCCCAGGGAUUCCGCAAGCAUGCCAAAAGGAGGUGGAACAAGCAUGAGUAGCACCAAUCCUAAAACUGGUGGCGAUGCGGAUUCAAGUUUCUUCGGCAUGAUGUUUGGCAAUGGCAGUGCACCCUCCUCAUCCAGAACGUCCAUCGUCUUGGCUUUUUUUGUCGUUUUAUUGUUGUGCGCUACUACCACCUACGACAAUUUUCUGUCAUUAACACUGCUAUUUCUAUAGUUAUUGAUCAAAUUUGAGUUAGCUUAGCAGUUUCAAAAAAACAAAAAACAAAAAAAAAUCUAUCAAAUUCUUCCUACGGCAAUGUAAUCUUCUAACAUUGGUCAUUGGGGAUUGAUAUCAAACAAAAGAAUCGACCCCAAACAGUAUGAACUGUAUAUUUUGGAAUUCUUAAGAAAUGGCUAAUCUAAUCACUAACUAAUUAUUAAAAAAAAUGGUUUUGAAAAAAAUCCUAAUUAGUCAUGUUUCUGCUUGUCUUCAUUUGAAUGUUUCUUAAUCUACUAUUUUGUAUUUUGUAUUAUAAUAUUAAUAAAAAAUAAGCCGCAUCUUUCUUUUUCUCUCUCCUGUCUCUUAAAAAAUCCUAACUUCUAUUGGAAUUAUCAAUAACCUCUUGGUUCAUGGUAAAUCUCCAAUUUUUCCGUUUUAAGCUUUUUCAAUAUAAUUAGAAUAAAUAUUUAUCCUCUUUCUAUAGGAAAACUGUUCUAUCUAUUCAUUGGGUUGAUUCUAUAGUUUCUACCCAUAUAUUGGGUUUUGAUCUCUCUUCUCGUGAGAGUUUGGGGUUAUAAAUUUUGUUAUCUAGUUGAUUUGUAGGUAGAGAUUAAUGCGAUAAUGCAGCAGACACCAAAAUUGCAAUUACCAUCAACUACAUCAAAUUCAAUUAUAUGUCAAGACUACAACAGAUCAAAACACCCCCUCGUAGAAGGCUGUAUCAAACAGCGAUGUGGAAGAGGAUAUUUAGA